AGAAAAAGAAGCGAAUAGAAAAUCAAACAAUUCCUUAUUCUUACUAUUACUGUUUUUGUUUCCAAACAAUCAAUAAACUCUUAGAACCUGUGUUUGAGGUUGACGAAAUGGAAGUAUCAGUUGAGCUAGACGAUGACCUGUUUUUUGCAGACAUAAGCAAGCAAAUAUCUUUGCUGAUAAUGGAAGACGAUUGUGAUGUAGAACCAGUCUUUGCUGCAUGCCCUUCCUAUUCUUUCCAGUUUCAGACAUUUCCAAGGGCACAUUACCCAGUAAGACUACCAUCCCCAUCUGUGUAUCUUCAAGAGCAAAUCUGCAGAAGAGAAAUUAUUAGCAGCAGCAAAGGCACAGGAGUGUUCAUCCCAAGGUCAUCACAACCAACAAGAAAGCAUUAUAAUAAUAAACAAGGAAGGAACACUUCUUUCAGCACGAAGUCUAGUGGCCAACUGGGCAAUACUACAAAAAUGGUUUCUCAAGCAUCACCUUAUGCUCAUUCUUUUCACACAAGAAAAGGCUGAAGGAUACACACACAUCUUAUUAAGUGUGUAUAUGAUUUGAUUACUAUUAUGCUUGAUCAUAGUUAUUAUCUUCUUCUAAUAAUAAUUGUUUCUGUUAGUGAGUAUUAAAGAGGUUCAUUACCAAAGGGUAGUGCCUCCUUAGAUCUUGGAAAUGUCUAGUGAUUGUUGUACAAGUGUGAUAUAAAGGAAAAAUAAGUACAUCUUCUCUUAAAUGUAAAGGCUAUAUAUAGUAUGCUUAUAAGGUAGAUGGCUAAUCUUUGUUAUUAUCUGCC